CCUGCUCGGCGUAGUCAUUUUCCGAAUUGCAUUUUUACUGAGCAGAGAACAGCAACUACGAGACAAGGACCUCAAUAUUUAUUGAUAAAUACUUAAGUAUUUAUAAAUUGAGGACGGUCGGGGAGUGCUUGGAACUUUCCGAUCUUGUGACUUACCAAAUUCCACAAUGAGUAUCUCUACAGAAAACGUUUUUUGCUCCGCUCUACAGCCCAACACCUCCGUCAGCACGUACGCGGUCCCCUCUGAGAAUCUUCUCGGACAUGGGGGGACUUGGACGGAUGAGAUGGCCAGAGCAAAGAGGGUCCAACAGCAGGUUCAAAUGAGGAUCGCGGAGAAAUCCAGCCAUUCGCUUCCUCGACAGAACGGUACAACAGUAAACUCUGCUUCCUCAGAAUAUGGUGGUUCUUCAACUAUGAAAUACUCGACCUACAGCCCAGGGUUCAGCUCCAAGUCCUAUGUGAAUACAACCUCCAGGCCAGUCAUGGCUCCCCGGAUGUCCCAGACGCUUCAGGGUGGCUUCUCCUCCCGCUCAGCUGUAGACAUGGGCCAGUUCCAGAAGAUGAGCAUGGGGGGCGGAGGUGGAGGAGGCGGGGGCGGUAGUGUGUACCACCAUGAAGACAUACGUCUAGGGGGCUACCAGGGCACCAGGCAGCAGGUGGUCCCCAUGACCCGCACCCUCAGCAGACCUGAUCUGGAGACCAUGUCUCUGCGCUCCAUGCGGCUGCAGACCCUACCGCAGCAGCCCUCCCCAGUGACGACCUGGAUGGCCCAGGACGGCAGUGAGGGCAGCCUGAUCUCAGACCGUGACGCCGCCUUCGUCCGCCAGCCAAACUACAGCUCCGUCAACAGCUACAGCUCCCAGAUGAGGCAAGGUGGGGGCUCCGUGAGUGGGACCCUGGUCCGUGGUGGAGGCAUGGCUGCAGGGGAGGGGGAGAUGAUGGUCCAGACUCACUCCUUCAAGGGCCCAGCCUACCGCACCAUCAGCCGGAUUAACAACAGGAACAACCGCAUGAGCAUGGGCUCCAUGUCUGGGGGCUCCGUGUCUGGGGGCUCCGUCAUGCAGCAACAGAUUUCGUCCGCGGGCAGUGCCUAUGGAGGGGAGGAGUUUAUCAUGCCUUCCGGUUCCCAGAGCAACAUGAUGAUCAUGCAACAGCGACCGACCAUGUCCCGCGCCAUGUCGCUUAAGAGUGUCCACAGCGUGGGCAGGGGUAUGGAUGUCGUGGACGGGAUGGACUUCACUGGUAGCAUGAGUCACCUCAACGGGAUCCAGAACCUGGACAUGCCCACAGCCAUUGCUUACCUGACUGACUCUGAAGCUAACGUCCAGGUCCUGGGUGCAGCGUACAUCCAGCACGAGUGUUACAACAACAGCGAUGCCAAGAAAGAGGUGCAUCGCUACAAGGGGAUCCCUGAGUUGGUGAGGCUCUUCAACAGCGACAGUGAAGAGGUGCAGCGCUACGCCACCGGGGCCAUGCGCAACCUCAUCUAUGAAAACAUGGAUAACAAAGUGGCCCUGAUCAAUGGGGACGGGAUCCCAAGCCUGAUCAAAGCCCUGAAAGAGCACGACGACGAGCUCCGCAAAAACAUCACUGGGAUCCUGUGGAACCUGUCCUCCAAAGACACCCUGAAGGAGAAGCUGGCCAGAGAGACCCUCCCUGAGCUGACUGACAAGAUCCUCAUCCCCCUGUCAGGAAGCGGAGACACAGAGAGCAUCCAACAGACCCCCUCCGAAACGGACAUCUUCUACAACACCACUGGAUGCCUCAGGAACCUGAGUUCGGUGAACGAGAAAACUCGGCAGCUGAUGAGGGAAACGAAUGGGUUGGUCGACGCUCUGGUGUUCUACAUCCAGAGCUCCUUGGAGAGCAAAAAGGUGGAAGAUAAGGGAGUUGAGAAUGCUGUGUGUGUCUUGAGGAACCUCUCCUACCAGCUGUACAGCGAGAUGCCUCCGUCCACCAUGCUGCGUCUCGAGGGACCGUCUAGGGCUCAGAGCACCUCUAAGGGCGAGGCCAUCGGCUGCUUCACCCCUCAGGGCAAAAAAGCCAAAAACAGAAACAACCAGGACCUGUCCACGUUCACCGAGGUGGCCCGAGAGCCAAAGGGGCUGGAGUGGCUGUGGCACCCCCAGGUUGUGGGCCUGUACAACCGUGUGCUGCAGAACUGUGAGAUCAACGCCACGACCCGCGAGGCCGCCGCCGGAGCCCUGCAGAACGUUACAGCAGGAGACAAGCGGUGGGCAUCAGUGCUGAGCCGUGUGGCCAUAGAGCAGGAGAGGAUGCUGCCGGUGGUGCUGGACCUCCUACGGACCAACAACGACCAGGAGCUGCGAUCUCUCACUGGCUUCCUCCGGAACCUGUCCCGCCACGCCAAGGACAAGAAUGACGUUGCUACUAAGGUGGUGAACAAUUUGGUGUCCAAGUUGCCUAGCGAUGGUCGUCAGACUUUGCCGACCAGCGAAGUGGUUGUCAACAUCUGUGGCACCCUGAACAACCUGGUGACAAGCAGCUCUGUUGCCGCUAGAGAUAUCACCUUUUUUGACGGGCUGCAGAAACUCGUGGCCAUCAAGAACUCCCAUGACAGCAGUCCUGGGAAAUUGAAAGCUUCCAAGGCAGCAUCUACUGUCCUCUCCAACAUGUUUCAGUACAAGAAGCUACACAAAGACUAUAAACAGAAAGGCUUCACACGGAACGACUUUGCAGACUUGACAAUCUAAAAGAACAAUACGUGCAAGGUCUCGGAAGUCAGGUGGCUGAGCGGUUAGGGAAUCGGGCUAGUAAUCAGAAUGUUGACGGUUCGAUUCCUGGCAGUUCACAAUGAAGUUGUGUCCUUGGGCAAGGCACUUCACCCUCGGGGGAAUGUCCCUGUACUUACAGAGCGUCUGCUAAAUGUAAAUAUCUUUGGGAUCGGCAUAGCUAAUGAACAGUUUGGUGAUUUUAAGUCAUGCACAACAGAGGAAGAUCACGUGGACUCUUCCCAUGCACUUGGAAUGAAAGGACUUAACACUAAGUGCAAUGCAAGUCACAAUAAGAUGGACCUUGUGUGGGGGGGGUCCUCUAAUGGACUCCCUAUUCUGAUUUCACAAGGCCCUUAAUGCCCAGUUUAGCCUGUAUAAUUGCUUUAUGUUCAAAGUAAUCAGGGAUUUGAUUCUCAUCGUAACAUGUAUAUGGAUGUAAGUCAUGUAACCAGUUUUUCCUGCCUUUCAUACACCCAGUUAGAAUAUGGUACAGAUCCUAGGUUGGGCUGUUUAUGGUGCUGAUAAGGCCUGAGACUUUGGCCCUUGUUGUGUGGCUGUAGGUCUUUACACAUCGUCAGUAUCCCAUCAGUUACGUACCUGGGUGACUAGCUAUCAGGCUUGAGGAAAUUGUAAGAAAGACUGGCUCUGUUAAAUAAAAACACAUUCUCUAGUAUCUAAUCUAAAUAGUGCAUUCUUUUUUGGGGGGGGGGGUAAUCACUGCUUUUUAGAUGCUCUGGAUUUAUAUAUAUUUUUUUUUUUUUUCUUCUGUGUUAUAUUUUUGGUAGGUUUAAGUUGUCUGGAGAACACUGAGGUAUAAUUCCAGUUGAAUGUUAGAAUUGUAUGUUUUCAUAGAUGUUUGUAUGCCCAAAACUACUGAUGUGUGUACCUGUAUAGACAUAAAAAGUAUGGAAUAAUAAUGAGGGGAAAAGAGCUGUUUUCUAAAUUUCUUUUCAAGUAUUGGAUGGAGUUUAUUAUUGAAUAUAGAUCCCCUUUCAGGGCCUGCUGCAGUACAUAUUUUGUAGAAAUGUUAAACAAUAAAUUAGUUAAUACAGUCAAAAACUGUAUGAAAUGUAAUCCAGGCUGAUGUUGUAAUGUCAUACAUUAACUUUGGUAUUGCAAUGCAGUGCCUGUUAUUAGUUAUUUCAUCACACUAAAAAUAUGCAUCCCUUCUGCUCCUAACGUCACAUCUAUGACGUACGUAUGUGUGCAUGUGGAUGGAAUACAUUUUUUAUGAUUUGGAUGUACUUUUUAUUAGGUAACUGUCGAUGUAAAAUGCAUACGUUUCAAUAAACAUGCAAAGUAUGAACAUA